AUGCUUUCGUUUAUAAGUCCAAGUAGAUGUAAAGUAGAAGUUACUAAUUUCCAAGAUAGGGCUGGCGUGUUCUACGAGGAAGUGGCUGCUGUUGGUCUGUCAAAAACUUCAUGGAACAUCGUGGCGCAUGUGAACUUGGAAGAAUAUGUGUCUGGGAUAAAGGCGUUCGACGAGGCAAUGCAGAAAUUCAACGUGGAACUCGAAAGGAUGCCACAGAUGAAAGGAUUGAGUGGCAUCCCGCGGUUGCAAGAAGCCCAUGACCGCUUAACGAAUCAGCAUGACCUUAUAAUGUCGUCUGCACCGGUCCGGAGAUCCAGGAGAUCGGCGUUACCAUUUGUUGGGGGUGUGUUUCAUUCGCUGUUUGGGCUGAUGGAUGAAGAUCAUGCCGACAAUCUUGUGGAGAGAAUCAACAUGGUCGAACAUAAUCAAAAGUUCGUACUAGAAUUGUUGAACAAUCAAACGUCUCUUCAAGAAAUUACAAAAAACAUUCUCAAGGAACAGAAUAACGCCGUGUUUAAGGACAUUGAGAAACUGAGCGAUGCCUUCUUAUCGGUAGAGAAGGAAAUCAGCGUGCUAGAUAACAGAAGCCGAAUACUAGCACGGAUCGCCGAACUUCUAACUGCUGUCCAAGAAGUGGAUAGCAUUCAAAAGAAUCUGAUCGGCGUAAUGGUCAACAUAAGGGGAAGUUUCCUACAUGAUGUUCUUCCCGUGAAGGAAUUUAAGAAGCAGAUCAAAAUCAUCAACACAUCGGUUGGAAAGAAAUUGCAUCUGCCAACAGAAUCUCCAAUCGAGCUAGCAAAGGUCGCCGAGGUCACAACAAGAACGACCAAAGAGUAUUUGCUGUUCAACAUCCGACUCCCGCUGAUCAAUGUCGAUCAAUUCACCGCCUACGCUAUCCACUCGUAUCCAAUCAUACAAGAUGACCUAUCCGUGCAGCUGAGAAUCCAAAACAAUUUGAUACUGCUCGAUGACCGGAAGACGUUAUUUUAUGCAUUGAAGGAAGAAGAAUUUGCCAGAUGUCAAAAGGUGGCAGAUUUGACGAUAUGCAAGCAAACACAUCCGGUGUACAACAUCCGAGAAUCGUCUGAAUGCGAAGUUAGGUUGCUCAACAACUGUUCUUGA